ACUGCAUACAGUUGCUCAACACAGGCAAACUGACACUGAUAAGGACAAACAAAAGAUUUCAUUUCUGCACCAUGAAGAUGCUGACUGUGUUUCUGCAUGUGUGUGUCAUGAUGACUUUCACACACAGUCUAUCUCUUCCAGAGGAAACAAUCAUGCCAGAUGUAGACAAUUGGGGGACACCGCCACCAUCUACAGAAGCUCUUCCAGAGGAAACAAUUGUGCCAGAUGCAGACUUUUGGGUAACACCACCAGCACCCCCAUCUACAGAAGAUGACUCAUUUGGGGCCUGGCAUCCAUCUUGCCCAGAUGGAUGGAGUAUGCACAGUCAGUGCCUCCUCUUUGUUCCAGAAAACAUGACCUGGGACGAUGCUCAGAAUAACUGUCACUCUCAUGGAGGACAGCUUGCAUCUGUGUAUGAUGACUUUCAAGCUUAUGAGAUUCAAGCAGAGCUGAAGCGUGCUGGACAUGAUCAUGGAGAAUUUUGGGUUGGAGGCCAUAAUAGUCCAGGGAAUCCUUCUUGGUCCUGGAGUGAUUAUAUGGGAAUCUCUGCUUUUGCUGACUUUUGUAAUGGAGACACAGUCAAAGAGGAGCACCACUGUUUGCAAGUAACUUUUAGUG